AAAAAAAAAAUUAAUGGUUGAAAUUUGAGAGGGAGUUUAAUAUCUAAGAUAACAAGACCUGUUAAUGCAACAUAUAUAGCUUCUCCAAACUGAUAUAAAAAAUGGCACCUGCAACCAAUGGAAUUGGCAGAUCUACCACCAACCAACCUUAACUUGUUUUGCUUCACCAAGAAUCAUAAUAGCUCUUAUGUCUUCAUCAUGCAUCCGAAGUUCCCUCUCCCUUCAUGCUUAAGCAUCCGUCACCAAAACUACAACACAACACAACUCCUUCUCAUCGACUCAGUCCCUUUCUUCCUCCACCUCAUAAAUGCCACAAUAUAUAAUAAAAACCUUACACAUAUAUAUUUCCCAGAGCUCCAACUUCUUCUUAACAUAUUUCCCUCCAUACUCAUUAAAAACACAACAACAAAAAAAAGCCAAUACAUUUCAGCAUGAGAACCAAAGCCCAUAUUCCAACUUUCAACUAUAAGCUUCUCCUCCUCGGAGUAUUCCUUGCUUUUGUUGUCCUCUUUGUGUUCAGGUCAAGCUUUGAUUCAUCAUCAUCAUCAUCUUCUUCUUCUUCUUCCAAUGAAAAAUCCACCAUUUUGCCAAGAGUACCCUUGGAUGAGAAAGAAGCCGAGGAUGAUGAAAGAUCAACAAAAUGUGACACCCCAUUGACUUGCAACAAAAUCCCACCUUCCCUAGCCAAAGCUCUAAUCCACUACACAACCUCAACCAUCACCCCACAGCAAACCCUCAAAGAAAUCUCAGUCACAUCAAAGGUCCUAGACAAGAAAUCACCCUGCAACUUCCUUGUCUUCGGCCUAGGCCACGACAGCCUCAUGUGGAGCUCCCUCAACCACGGGGGGCGCACCAUUUUCGUCGAAGAGGACGAGUCGUGGAUCGAGCAAAUCCAACGCCGUUUCCCCAUGUUGGAGUCAUACCAUGUCACAUAUGACAGCAAGGUGAACCAGGCUGACAAUCUCAUGGAUGUUGGGAAGGGCCCCGAGUGCACAGCAGUUGGUGAUCCUAGGUAUAGCAUGUGCCAGCUGGCACUCAAGGGCUUGCCUAGUGAGGUUUACGAUAUCAAAUGGGAUUUGAUUAUGGUGGAUGCGCCCACAGGGUAUCACGAUGAAGCACCGGGACGAAUGAGCGCCAUAUACACAGCUGGGAUGAUGGCUAGGAACAAAGAGGAGGGAGAGACUGAUGUGUUUGUGCAUGAUGUGAAUAGGGUUGUUGAAGAUAACUUCUCCAAGGCUUUCCUUUGUGAAGGUUACAUGAAAAAGCAACAAGGGAGGUUGAGGCACUUCAAUAUUCCUAGUCACAGGGAUGGUUCCCACAGGCCCUUCUGCCCUGAGUAGUCAAUUCAUGUGUUUUGCAAAUUAAUUCAUCUGUCAUAUUUGAUUCAUCGUCUCUAUACUAUACUUCACAAUUUAAUUUCAUCCAUUUACCCUCCAUUUAGAUGGAAAAAAAUAACUCGGGAUUUAGAUAAUCCUCCGUUUGGAUGAAGGAACUGAAAGUUGCAGAGAAUUAUUAAAUUACGAAAAGUAGAUAUCCAUCCUUUAAAUUUUUGUCAAUUAAUAAUUUCAAUAUUUCAAUUAUGUAUGUCAAAUUUUGUAAAUGACAGAAUUUACCAUGAAAACAAAUUCCUGCUCAAUAGAAA